CAUGAAUAAUUCAUGAACGACUGCUGACACAGGCGUCGUAAAAAGUUGAGUUAAACUUUGGGACGGGAGUGAAGUUCGGGCAGCACCAACAAGAGCUAUCGAACUGGCCGAGGCAAAGAGAAAGUACAGUUCUUAUUACUUUUCUAAUGUAAGGAAACAUUUUAGUGUUUAAAAAAACAAAUCUAACUAUUUCAGAAUUGUUUUAACGAGAGUUUGACGGCAGCAAGGUGAUAACUAUUUUUUUGUCCACACAGAGGAGGGUUUAUGACCGUUUAAAGAGAGCUCAAGGUUUGAUAUCUCUCUUCGCCUCGAAACGUUUUCGUUUUAUAUUUUCUGUAUUGUGUUGUAACUUUUCUACGAAGCCAAAAUGAGCAACCCACUGCAGCCAAUGCCAGGACAACAAGUUAUCCAUGUCGCUCAGGACUCUGAUACGGAUCUUGAGGCGCUUUUUAAUUCGGUUAUGAACCCGAAACCCAGUUCAUGGAGGAAAAAAAUGUUACCCGAGUCUUUUUUCAAGGAGCCAGAUUCUGGAUCUCACUCCCGACAGUCGAGCACUGAUUCGGGCAGCCACCCGCCCAGGCUCACCGUACAACACGUACGGUCACAUUCCUCGCCCGCGUCCUUACAGCUUGGAUUGGGAGCCAAUUCAACUCCAAGCCCAGUACAUCACUCGCACAUCCGGCACCAGUCUUUCGAUGUUGCCGAAGAGUUGCCCCUGCCUCCUGGAUGGGAGAUGGCCUACACGUCAACUGGACAGAAGUACUUUCUCAAUCACGUGGAGAAGAUCACUACUUGGCAUGACCCUCGUAAGACCAUGACGGCCGCCAUGAAUCAGAUGAGCCUCCACGCUCCCCCACCCUCCGCCUCCCCACAGCAACGCAACAUGGCCCUGUCCCAGCCCAACCUCGGAGAGCUACCUGAUGGCUGGGAGCAGGCUGAAAACCCUAGUGGAGAAACCUACUUCAUUGACCACAAAACACACAGAACGUCUUGGCUCGACCCGCGCGUGGAUGCUCGCCUCAUGAUGUCCCAACACCAUCACCAGCAGCAACUGCAACACGCCCAGCAGCAGCCCCAACAGGCCCAAGCCUUAGGCUCACCUGGCUCACUCCCCCAGCAGCAGAGCUCCCAGGCUGGGAUGAUGAGCCUGUCCAGUCCCCUGGGCGUGGGGGUCAGUUCCCAGCACCAGCAGAAGAUGAGGCUGCAGCGCAUCCAGCUGGAGAGGGAGAGGAUCCAGAGACGACAGGAGGAGCUCAUGAGACAGGAGGUGGCGCUGUGUAGACAGCUGCCCAUGGACUCGGAGAGCAUGGCACCAGUGCCCACCCCCGGUGGCAACCCUGCCCAGCCCAUGACACAGGGCAACAUGCCCACCAAUGGAUCCGACCCCUUCCUCAACAGUGGUCACUUCCAGCACUCACGGGAGCAGAGCACAGACAGUGGCCUGGGGCUGGGCUGUUACAGCAUCCCCACCACCCCAGAGGACUUCCUUAAUAACAUGGAGGAGAUGGACACAGGUGAGAGCAUGGCCCAGGCGGGCAAUAUGAACGUGCCCCAGCACAGCCGCUUCCCAGACUUCUUGGACUCGCUGCCAGGCACUAACGUGGACCUGGGAACCUUGGAGGGAGCAGACCUCAUCCCCAUCCUCAACGACGUGGAGUCAGUCCUCAACAAGAGCGAGCCCUUCCUCACUUGGCUGUAAACACACACACACACACACACACACACACACACACACAACUUCUAUACACAUAUAUUCACAGCCAUACAAACAGAAUGAAAGACUCACUCCACAUAUCUAAAGACUACCUUUUGCUACUUUUUCAAAUCAGCAUUAUCUCUUCUUCCCACUUCUCCAUGUGUACAGUAAUAUUAUGCUCUGUCUGUCUAACCUCUGUCUGCCAGACCACAUAUCGUCAAUCUGAAUUGAGUUUUGGAUCAAAGAUCGAGUAUUAAUCAAAGCCUUGAGAGAACAAAAGCAAAUCAAAACAUGACACGUAUUAAAGUAUACUUCACUAUUGAAGUUACUGUAUGGUAAACUAACAACUUUAGUACUUUUGGCUUUGUAUGUUCUAUAGGACUUCCUCCGAUAACCCACUCUGGUUUUGGAAUCACAAUUGAUUAAAGCAAUGCCACAGCUUUCAUUUCUUUCUUGGGGUGACUUUCUAUGUGGAACAAGUACUUGGUGAAAAUCAAUACAUUUGGCUUCCAAUGGUAUUGCUUUGACGUGACUGUCAAAAUGUAUGCAGGGAGUCUUUUUCACCACUAGGUGGAGCUAUUGCUUAACGUACUGCAGUUAUGAAAUGGAUCUUUACUGGCCACAAGGUUGUCCAGUCUGUAGGUUCUUUGUAUAAAGUGGACCUCGUUUGGCAACAGCACUGUAAACCUUCUUCUAUAUCACCAACAGUAUCCUAACUGUCAGUUUGGGUUAGAAUGAAUGGCUUUGUUACUGUUGCUUCUGUUCACAAAGACAACCAUCUUGGAUUAACUUAUAUAUCAGCGUUAGCGGCCAUGAGAGCAAAGUGUGUUGUAUACCAAAUGUUUCCUGUCAUUCGCUACAAUGUCACUACAAAAGCUUUAAAACUUUAAAAUUGUAUUGUUUGAUUUUUAUUUUUUGUUUUUGUCAUUUUAUUAAUUGUACUCAAGCUGAUUCCAAUAUAGUUAUUAUAACACUAAAAGCUCAUGCCUCGGUUAUGCGCUGACGUGCAUACAUAGAAUUGUGUUUUAUACCAUGUACUUUUUAUAUCAUGCUACAAGUAUUAUUUUUUAUUUUACUGUAAAAUAGCCCAGAUGGGUUCUUUGCAUCUGGUGCCAUUGUAGGACCUAUAAUAUAAAGUUAGCAUUUUUAGUAUUUAUCAUGAGCUAUUAUGUCUCUUACAUUUAGAUUUUUUUGUUGUUGUUAAUGCAAUUGAGAUUUCAAAGCACUGCAAAUCAGCAAGGGAUUCAAAGAUAUCUGAUCAUGAAGUGAAUGUUGAAGUUAGAUGAUCACCAGAAGCUCCCACUAGACGUUUUGGUUCAAUGUGCGAUGAGGCUUGAUAAUCCUUCAUAAGCAAACUCUGUCUUUUUGGUCCUCAGUUGGGCCUGUUAGAAAAGUUGUCCUUUGGGUUUUCAAAUAUCUGUUCAGCGGGGAAAUAUGCAACAAUAGUAUUUUAUAUGGCCUUUAAUGCGUUUUUUUAAAGGAUUUUUACUGGAUUGUCAGAUUGGAUUGACAUGGGGUUGGCAUUAUGAUUUUGUUUUAACAUGCCAGCCCCCCAGCACAAUCUGCUCUAGUCUUUUUUUUCUACAUUUGCCUCAGUUUUUGUAUUUGCAUGUUGAAUGACAUAUUUGUUAUUCUUAACGUUAGGUUUUCUCUAGCCCGACCUUAUAUUGUGACUAUACCGAGUCUGGUUACUGUGUAGAACGUUAGGACUGACAAGGCAAGUAAGUGAUGGAUCCUGGGAAGGGGCAAUGAAUCGUUGGAGAGAGAGAGAGGGAGGAGGGUUGAGUUUAGGGAGGGAGGGGGCGGGCGUUCAAUGCAUGCCAAAACCCGCUGCUUUUCAACACAGCGGCCAACACCGCGCUCAUGACGUCCUAACGUCAAGGUGAAGAGAGGGCUAGAGGGGGGUGGGAGGGGCACACAGUUACCACGUCUCAUUGGAGAGGUGUGGAUUGGGGGAAGUGGCGUGGAUUAGUGCCAAAGAUUGGAGGCCUCUCUAUGACCCAAGCAUGGCCUAAGGAGGCUAGCUCUGACAGGGCUUGCAACAUGCUAACUUAUGCCCAGGCCUAGCUGAUGAAAACCGCUCCAGUGAAAGGUGAUGAGGUCCUUUGAGAAUCAGACAAGGGGAUUGGAUGAGGCUUAACACUGUCCAAUCGCACAGCUUUCUCUCCUGGUGUGCAUCAGGGAGGUUUUCUUGUCUGUUUUCUGUUGAAUGGCCUCCUGUUCAAGCUCUAAUAACACAAGCCAGAGGGGCACUGAGGGGGGACACUGGGCAGGGAUGUUUGUGCGUUGUUACUGGACACAAUUCAAGGGUUCACCAGUUUGGGGGAACAAAGUUCAAGGUUGCACCAGUAAGAAGGGCACAAGUUAAAAGUUCAAGAAAAUGGAUACUCGCAUUUAUAUCAGAUUGUCUUUUUGUAAGUCUAUACUUUGGGGGUUAACAAGACCUGAUAAAGAGAUGGAUCCUUUUGAGACCAUAGAUGGGGGAUGAACACAGCGGUGGUGUUAUAGAAUAAAGAGUUUGAGGAAAUGGUUUGGUGUGGAGCACGUUUGACUACAGCUGUGCAUAGUGAGUGGCAUGACAUGGAUUGGAAAGGAUAACUCUGUAGCAAUAUAUAGCGCAGUGGCUAGGCUACAGCUGCAUGGUUGGAUGAGACGGGGGUAUGUUGUCAGUAGGUACAGUGUUCUUGGAAUGCUCAUUGGUUGUGGAACUCACACACCAACAAAAUGGCCAUAUACUGUAUCCUGGCAGUGUGGAGGCAAUUUUACAUAAUGUAACCUGGGCAAGGAGUCUUUGAUCAUUUUAAAGUUGUGUAACAUGUAUAAAAUGAAUAAAAUGGUGUCAGAACCGUG